CCAAACCCAGCUUUGAGACCGUACGCGCCUGUGCCGAAUGGCUAUCCUGCUAUUCCAGCACCUGGUCCUCAAGGGGCUGUACCUCCUCCGGUGUCUUGAUUGAUAACGAUGGUUGGAAGGCUUCAUAUUGCUUAGAGACCCCAUCUACAACUCCUUUUUGGUAUGCACAUAUUUGCUUAGUAUUUUUGAUUGUCUUUAAAAUAGAAAUUGUUUUAGUGGAGAAUUUAUUGUUUCUACGCCAAACUGGCCUCAGAGAUUACAAAUCGAACAUUAUUCCAAAAUUCUAAGAAUUAUACUUUCCAUUUGCCAUGCUAAACAAUGUCUGCCUGUGUCAUGUUCCUACUUUGUGGUAGUCAUAAGGAUUCUUUCCCUUUCAUGGGUCUUGAACUGCCGGAAGCUGACAAUGUUGGCAACUUGAGUGCUCGUUGCCCUUGUAUUCCAAGGUAUCACAAUCCUUUCAAUUACACUUUUUCUCUAUAUUUCCUUUCUUUGUGUUUGUUAUGCUGCGCAUUGGGCUGAUAGCAAUUGAUAUAAUAAAGAUGAUGGAACAUUAAAAUAUAUUGUAUUAUCCAUUCCCUUGGCGACAUGAGAUGCUGGAAGUCUCAUGUUAGUCAAUUUCAAAAUUCCACGAGUGGUGCCAUGGGAUAGUUUGAGGAGGCUAUUAUUUGCGAGUGGAUGAUAAGGUAAGCCUUCUUUACAUAUCCAUGAUUUUAUGAAUUCGAUGCUAUUUUCCUUAUGUUUCCUUCAGGUUAUCUAUUCAGCUGGUGAUAGUUGCCAUGCCUGUGCUGCCAUCUCUAAUAUGCUUGUAAUGUGUGGUAACAGCGUUUAAUUAUUCUUGUCAAAUUCUUUUCCUGUAUAUCUGUUCAUAUUGGGAAAACUAUUAUCACUGUAUGUAGUUUGCAAACCUGCUCUGAUAAAUUUGCAUAGAUAUUUUUUUUUUCUGUUUGUGCAGGAGUUCCUCGCUAUCCCUCUCCUUAUGCAACUAUGGUUCGUCCUGCAUUUCCUCCUCGUCCACCAGGAGCAAUUGGGAUGCUUCCUGCACUGUCACGCCCUCCUGUUCCAGGGAUGCCAGGAGUUCGUCCAAUUAUGCCCCCUGUUGUUAGGCCAGCUAUUGUCCCUGUUGCUGCACCAACAGAGAAACCACAAACCACGGUUUAUGUUGGCAAAAUAGCAUCAACAGUGGAAAAUGAUUUUAUUCUCUCUCUCCUUCAAGUUUGUGGACCUGUCAAGAGUUGGAAACAUGCUCAAUAUCCCAUAGAUGGAACUCCCAGAGGCUUGGGAUUCUGUGAAUUUGAGUCUCCUGAAGGGGUUCUCCGUGCUUUACGCCUGCUGACUAAAUUCAAUGUUGAUGGGCAGGAACUGGUGUUAAAUGUUAAUCAAGCAACAAGAGAAUAUCUAGAGCGGUAUGUUGAAAAGAAAACUGAAAACUCAAAGAAACCACAAGAAUCUGACAUUGAAGGAUCUGAGAAAGAGCAAGAAAGUGUACCAGGUGUUGAGCAGAAAGAAAUUCUAAAGCCUUCUGUAGAGGACUCAAAGAAGGAUGGAAAUGAGUUGGUGAACAAAGAAAAUCAAGACAAUGCCUCCUUUGGGAUUGUGACUGAUGAAGAUAGAGAAGCUGAUCGUGAGGCUUUGGAGAAGCUUACGAGUAUGAUGGAAGAGAGGAUAAAGACAAAACCACUUCCUCCCCCACCCGCACAAGGGGCUGCAGAGGGUUCUGAAAACACAAACUCAGAACUGCCUACUAAGUCAAGAGAUUCCGAUGUGGAUGUAAUGAGAAAUGAUGCAGCAGAAGAUGAUGAAACUACUAGUGAAAACAAACCUAAAAGUGAUCAGGAGAGGCUUGAAAGAUCUUCACCUGACAGGAGUAGAAGAUAUGACAGGAGGAGCAGAGAGAGGGACAGAGACCGGGAGCUAAAACGGGAAAAGGAACGGGAAUUUGACAGACUUGAGAGAGAAAGGGAGCGAGAACGAGUUAGGAGAGAGAAGGAGCGAGAGAUAAAAAUUGAGAGGGCUGAAAAUUUAUAUAGGGAGCGUGUCAAGGAGUGGGAGUAUAGAGAAAGAGAGAAAGAGUAUCAGCGACAGCAUGAAAAGGAGAGGGAAAAAGAAAGGGAACGGGAGCGGAGGAGGGAAAUCUCAAAUCAGGAACGUGACAAUGACGAAGAUGAUUCCAGAAAAAGGAGGCGCAGGAGUAGUGAGGUAGAAGAGAAGAGAAAGAAGAGGCAAAGAGAAAAGGAGGAAGACUUGGCUGACAGAUUAAAAGAGGUGGAAGAAAUUGCUGAGACCAAUAGGAGGGCAAGUGAAGAGGAGCAACAGCAGCAGCAGGAGCAACAAAACAAUGCAGUCAAGCUUUUGGCUCUUCAUGCAACUACCGGAAGUGAAAAAGAAGUCCUGACUGAUGAAAGUGAUGCACAAAAUAAAGAUAAAGCUGUUGAACAGGCUUAUGAGGGUGAUUCAAGUCAUCAGAACCAUAUUGGUGAUGGAAUAUUACAAAACGGCACUGGAGAUGAAUCGGCCAUGGCAUCACUUGCUGCAUCAGAUGUGCGGCAGAGUAGCAAUCUCCCUGCCAGAAAAUUGGGUUUUGGUCUAGUUGGUUCUGGAAAGCGAACUGCUGUCCCGUCUGUUUUUCAUGAGGAGGAGGAUGAUGAUGCACAUAAGGAGAAAAAGAUGAGACCUCUGGUUCCCAUUGAUUAUUCGACUGAAGAAUUGCAGGCUGUCCAACCUACCAUUUCUGGGCCAUCACCAUCAAAUUUGGUUGCAGCAGCAGAAUUUGCUAAGCGCAUCACCAAUGUUAAAGAUGACAAGUCUGAUAUAGAGAAAGAAAGAAAUAGACGUGCUUAUGAUAGGUCAAGCCACCGUGACAGGAAUGAUGAGGAUAUUAAUCGUGCCAGAGAUGAGAACAGAGAGAAGUUUCUUGAUCGGGACAGGGAUCGAGAACAUGGACCAGAAAAAUUGAGGACUCCAGAUAAUAAGAAGCUUUUAGAUGCCAAACAAUUGAUUGAUAUGAUCCCUAAGACUAAGGAGGAGUUAUUCUCAUAUGAGAUAAAUUGGGGUGUGUAUGAUAAGCAUGAGCUGCAUGAGAGAAUGAGGCCUUGGAUCUCAAAGAAGAUUACAGAGUUUUUAGGAGAGGAAGAAGCUACGCUUGUGGAUUACAUUGUAUCCAGCACUCAAGAACAUGUUAAGGCAUCCCAAAUGCUGGAGCUACUUCAAUCCAUCUUAGAUGAUGAAGCAGAAAUGUUUGUGCUCAAGAUGUGGAGGAUGCUUAUCUUUGAAAUUAAGAAAGUAGAGACAGGUCUCUCUUUGAGGUCAAAAACUUGACAGAACCUGGUAUGCUUGUUAUUUCUUCUUGCAGGACAAACAUUCUUAAUUUUUUUUCCCCUUGGGUUGCUGUUUCAAUGUCAUAUCCUGUUAUCCUAGAAGAAAAUGCCUUCAUCAGGCUUGAAAUUGUACUUCAAGUGUAUUGUUUCAAAAUACAAGAGUCCAUUUUUGUUUCCA